AGCAAAUCGUUACAUCAUUACCUAUGUAGCAAAUGAUAUCGCAAACAGUAACACAUUGGUAGACUUACUGUAAAUAUAAAUAAGUGGUUACCAUGGCAUCAAAAGCCUAUAAGUAACCUCACUUUUUGAAAACACUUUCCCUUGACAAAGGUAUAUUAAACACUACAAAACGUUUGGAAGUUGGCUCUUUCGAGCUGUACAUUUCUAUUUUUGGACCUCCCUCUACAGCAGUCCCGAAAUACUGACACGAUUGAAUCAGCUGAUUAGGGAAAAGCAUUAUGACGUCAAAUGUUUAUACAGAGGAAGCGCUGCCUGCAGGUGAUCGUUUCAUGUCGGGGAGGGCAUGCAGAUGACUACAGUAUUGUAAUCUGGAAAGCAGAUUUGCUUAACGUAGCCUACCUGUACAGAACAACACAACAAUGUCUUCAGGUUUGGAGAUACCUGAUGAUGAGAAGGGUUAUGACUUGGACCUGUUCUGUAUACCUAAACACUAUGAAAAUGAUUUAGAGCGAGUCUUUAUUCCUCAUGGGCUUAUCAUGGACAGGACUGAGCGUUUGGCCAGAGAUAUCAUGCAUGACAUGGGGGAGCAUCAUAUUGUGGCUCUGUGUGUGCUGAAAGGUGGAUAUAAAUUCUUUGCAGACCUGCUAGAUUACAUCAAGGCGUUAAAUCGAAACAGCGAUAAAUCUGUGCCAUUGACCGUGGAUUUCAUUAGACUGAAAAGCUACAGCAAUGAUGAGUCCACAAACAGUGUUAAAGUUAUCGGAGGAGAUGAACUGUCUGCACUGAGUGGAAAAAAUGUCUUAAUAGUUGAGGACAUUGUGGAGACUGGCAAAACCAUGCAGACACUACUAUCUAUUCUAAAUGGUUACAACCCAAAGAUGGUCAAAGUUGUAAGCCUUCUGGUCAAAAGAACUCCAAGAAGCUCAGGCUACAGACCAGACUAUACAGGGUUUGAAAUUCCUGAUAAAUUUGUAGUGGGAUAUGCCCUGGAUUACAAUGAGUACUUCAGGGACUUAAGUCAUAUCUGUGUGAUGAAUGAACACGGAAAACAGAAGUACAAGAUUUAAAAAGGGACUGGCACAAAGAGUCGACCGCAGCAACAGCGAGACACCUCUGCUGAUGGAACUAAACUUUUUAAAAAAUACUUUCGCUUGAAUUACUUCUGUUGUAUGUUUUUGUUUUCUGUAAUGUUUUAUUGUGUUCUACAAGCCCCCCCAAAGAAAUGUCUUAAUCUAUUUUAUAUUUACAAUAUAUGGGAUGAAAGGUUUCCCAUAUCAGGCUGGUACAAAGAUUUUAUUUUUAUAUAUUUGUUUUAUUUAUACAUCAGAGCAGAUGUUUAGCUGGUUAGAAAAUUACUGAAAUAGGAAAAACUUCCUUUUUUUUUAAGUUACAAAUCAUGAACAAGAAACAAAAUUAUGCAUAUUGGACUAAUUAGUUAGAACACACAGUAUGUUUGAGAUGAGAAAUGUAAUGCUCAGCAUACCUGAAAGAAAUUCGUUUUCAAGCAGUGUAUUGUAAUAUUGAAUUCAAUGCAUAUGUUUUGUUUUCUCCUAAAGCAGGGCAAGUUGAAUAUUGUAUUGAUCUAUUCAUACUUUUCAAGUAUAUCAGAUACAGGGUAUUGGAUACUGAUCUACAUUGUGCUGUCAUGACAACACUGUUAUUCAAUAAAGUCUAAGAUAUAUAGUUA